UAUAUAUAUAAAUUGUAUUGAUCGGACUAAAUUUAGUUCAUUUACCAUUGGUUAGUCAACGACAUCAGUUAAUUGUUGUCGUUUGAUUAGAAAACGCUUUUUACUUUAUCAAUAAUAAUCAACUUAUUGUGAAAUUGAAUAUGUUUAAUAUCAAAUUAACAUCGAUUCCAUUGAAUGGACUUUUCAUCGUCUUGUUGUUGAUUAACUUUUCAUUGUGUUUCAUUGAAGAUGGUUACAAACGAUACAACAAUUAUUCAGUUCUACGAUUUAAACCAACGACUACUGACCAAUUACAUUUUCUUUAUCAAUUAGCUCAAAAUGAAACUUUCUUAAUGGAGCGGUCAGUUGACUUCUGGACAGAACCAGGAAGCCUCAAUUCAUCGGUUGAUAUCAUGUUAUCACCUGAGGCUCGUUCAACAUUGUCACCAGUUUUUGCUUCAAAUCAAUUAACUCCAAGUGUGAUGAUUGAAGAUGUCCAAAGUCGGAUUGAUGCUGAAAACUUAAUCAAAGGAAGACAAAGUUUACCAUUUCCAUUUGGUGUAAGAGGAUCUCGACCCAAUGCUAAACAAUUUUUCAGCACUUAUCAGCGAUACGAUACCAUGAUGUCGAUGUUAGAUGAAAUUGCUCGUUCCAAUUCAAAAGUAGCCACAAUUGAAACAAUUGGUAAAUCAUUUGAAGGACGUGAUUUAAAGGUAAUCAAGAUAAGUUCAGGUUCGAGUUCAGGUAAAAAAAAGAUCUGGAUUGAUGCUGGACUUCAUGCUCGAGAAUGGAUUGGACCAUCAACUGCAAUGUAUUUUAUCAACAAGUUGGUAACUUCAGUAGGCAAAGAUGAAAAUGUUGAUUCAAUUUUGAGCAAAUACGAUAUUGUUGUACUUCCGCUUGCCAAUCCGGAUGGAUAUGAAUAUACUCACACAACGAAUCGUAUGUGGCGAAAGACCAGAUCACUGACCAACAGUAGAUGGGGAUACAUUUGCCGUGGAGCCGAUCCUAAUCGUAACUGGUCCUACAAAUGGCGAACUGGUGGUUCGAGUACUAAUCCAUGUUCCGAUGUAUACGCUGGUUCAGCUCCGUUUUCCGAACCCGAACCAAAGGCGAUGUCUCAAUAUAUCUUGAAAAACGGCCCAUGGCACAUGUACAUCAGUUUCCAUUCUUAUUCACAAUUGAUUCUUUUACCAUGGGGAUGGACAACUGAUCUACCUAAAGAUUACAAGGAAAUGUACCGAGUCGCUGAAAAAGCGGCCACUAGUUUGAAAUCCAUUUACGAUACACCUUAUACCGUUGGAAGUGCCACCAAUUUAUUAUACGUCGCUUCCGGAGGAUCAGAUGAUUGGGCUUAUGGUGAGGCUGGAGUUCCUUAUUCGUAUACAUUUGAACUUCGUGAUACCGGUGAUCAUGGUUUCGUUUUACCGGAUGAUUUGAUAACACCAACAGCCGAAGAAACUUUUGUCGCUUUUAAAACAAUGUGCGAUGAAAUUUAUCCAAACAAAUAAACUUUUCAAGUGAUUUAAUAUAUUAUCUCAA